AUGGUCAAAUACCUGCUUAAACUGAUCGGUCAUGUAGGCACAAGCGAGAUUUUCCUACACCAGUCUGAGGACGAUUAUAAUCCUAAUGAAGUUGUUAAGCCUCAUGAGCCUGAUUUUCUGGGGCAACAGAGAGAGCGUUAUGAGCUUGAUCGGCACCUCUCACCGCGCAUUAUGGCCUAUUCAGCUCACGACACUGAUGUGGCGCCAUUGCUUGCGGCUCUUGGUGUUUAUCCGGGUGGAACGCCCAGCUACGCCUCAGUUGUCCUUAUUGAACUACUCGGCCCUAUUUCACCUGGCAAUAUAACAAAUUACAGGCUACGUGUUCUCUUUAAAAAUGGCCCUAGUGACCACACGGGUACUAUGCUUCAGUUUCCGGCCUGCAAAGACAUAUUACCUAGCCUCGGUUGCCGUUUGGAUCUUGUCAUACAGAGCAUCAAACCAUUCAUACUCAAUCCUAAGGUAAAGCUUCUUUAG